AUGGCGCUUCCUGAUUGGAUUGUAACACUGGCUGCCACCGCAUCCUUUUGCUGUUUCUUCUAUGUAUGUGUUCGCUACAGACGCGGAGGACAAGCUCUCUGCAGGAAAGUGUCCAGCACAGUAAUGGCCCGCACCGAGAGGCCCUUGUUCCGAAUUGCGUACACGCUCUACACUAAGACCAGGCUCGGAUACAUGUACUACAAGAGACAAAUGAGGAAAGCCAGAGAACAUUACCCUCUUGGACACUCCACAGCUCAGCCCAUGGAGUGUAAUGGUAUCAAAAUAAUUCCUAUCCCGGUACUGUCCGACAACUACAGCUAUCUAGUAAUUGACACAGCCUCCAGUGUUGCAGUAGUUGUCGACCCUGCGGACCCGCAAACAGUUCAGGCUGUUCUUGAGGAAGAGGGAGUGACUUUAGAAGCAAUACUGUGUACACACAAGCAUUGGGAUCACAGUGGAGGAAACAAAGGGUUAAAAAAGAUUCACAGCUCUUGCAGAGUGUAUGGAAAUGCAGCUGAUAACAUUCCUGGCCUCACGCACCCUCUCUCACACAAGGACUCAGUAACAGUUGGCCGUUUGCACUUUAAGGCCCUCUUCACUCCCGGACACACAGUGGGCCACAUGAUCUACCUCCUGGAUGGCCGGGUGGUCGACGGACCCUCCAGCCUCUUUUCUGGUGACCUGGUGUUCCUCUCAGGAUGUGGGAGAAUGUUUGAAGGCAGUUCCACAACAAUGCUGUCAUCUCUGGACACAGUGGCCUCCCUAAGUGAUGAAACUCUAUUAUGGCCUGGUCAUGAGUAUGCGGAGGACAACCUGCUGUUUGCGGCUGAAGUCGAGCCUCGCAAUGCUGCCAGAGAAAACAAAUCUCAGUGGGUGCUGCAGCAGCGAGGCCAGAAGCUGUGCACGUGUCCCUCCACUAUCGGAGAUGAGAAGCAGUACAAUCCUUUCCUGCGCAGCCACUGUACGGAUCUCCAUCUGGCUCUGGGCGUCCAGCAGCUCCAGGAUGAAGACUGGACCCGGUUCAGAGCUCGGGUGCUGGAGGAGCUGCGUAAACGCAAAGACCUCUUCAACAGGAGAUAGUAUUUUAACAAAAUGACCAGCUGAAUAAUGGCGAACAGAGGAGUGAGCUCACCUGUUCUGGAAAGUGGUACGUUGUAAGGUAACUGUGGGCGGAGCUACGAGGUACUGAAUGAAAGGUUUAGUCUGUUCAUGGAAACCAGUUUUGUGAAUUCAAAAGGGCAUUAAGUAACUUUUGACCUUCAUCAUCGUGUAUCAGAGACCACUAGGAACAUCGUCACAACUUCCUUUUUACAUGAUACUAAUCAAUAAGCUUAAUUACCUCUACACAUGUAUAUAGAUGUAUACGUUUAUUUUGUGUUUAUAGACAUAACAGUUCUAAAAAAAAAUUCUGCGUUCUACAUAGGUUAAUUUAGCAUGUUAAGUACUGUAUUUUACUGCAUAGUCUGGUUUUAUUUUAAAGUACCGGUAAUGUAUUGUUUAUAAAUCUUUGCAUGACAUCAUUGGUAAGCUGGUUUCACAUUACAGUGUUGCUGAAAAAGAAUUAACUUCUUCAUGGAAGUUGUGGUAUUUAUUUUGUUUUGUUAUUUUCAACAAUAAUGGUACGGUUUAUUGAACAAGUUACGAACACUCCUUCCUGUCUGUUAAAGCACAAUGUACAGGGAAAAAAGUAUUUACACUAGCCGUUCAUGUGAAUCUCUGCUGAAUCCAAGAGCCAAUUUUCGUUUUGUAAAGAGAUGUCGCUGUCAUUCGUUCUUUACAAUGGUUGUGAUUGGGGUACUAGUUUAUUUAAUUUUUUACCAACAAGUUUUAUUUGAAUAAUUGUUGUAUUCUCUGAGGCCCACAGGUAUUAGAGGUGGAACAUAAUGAUUUCUACAUUUAGUAUCUGCAGGCAGAAUGAAUAGGAUUGGCAAGUGGGGGUCUGUAAACACAACAUUCAAAGUUGACCCCUCCCCCCCGGGGCUAAACAACACUAGAAGCGUGCGCCCCCUGACCUGGGUUUAGGUUUAGGGUGUAACCAGGUAGGUUAAAGCCAAUCCCAUAUUUACACUCGGAUUGAAACAAGCUUUGUCAGCUUGACGUUUCGCCCAGUUAUACAAAUAUGUUUUUCUGCAUAUUCAUAGCUUCUUCUUGGAUGCAUGUUUACGAUCUUACAUCUGGUUGCUUACAUUCUUUGUAGAGGUCGCACCCAGAAAAAUUCUGAAAAAAGCAAAAGAAGAAAAUACGUCUCUGCAGAUACAGACACCGCUUAACACUAGUGGGUCAUAAGUGAUUAUUGAGAGCGCUUGAUUUGGAGUCUAUACAAUAUUUUUGGGGAAAAUCCUACUCAUUCUGCCCUUUAAUGAAUUGUUUUCAAAUUUAGAAUUGCACUGUUCAUGUGUCAGUAGCACUGCGCGAACAUGAACACGUGUGAAGGAUUUGACUGGUAGCGCAUUGAAAUGUAUGAAUUAUGACUGAUUUGCGUUUGAAGAGAUGAUUUCUGAUGCUAACCUGUAGAAUAGAGAUAUUAUUAAACGUACAGGGUGAUGUUGAAUCAAGCAAUCUGUAGGCAAACACUAUGUUUUGCAAUAACUUUCCACUUUUGUUAAAAUGUGUUAAUAUUUAAGAGUAAGAUGGUGAUGGAAAGAUCUUUAAUUUUCUUUUUGAUAAUGUGACAUAGACUGUGGUACUCACAUUUAAGAAGGUAGUUUUAUAGCCAGUUUAAAAACUUUGGAAAAUUGUACAUAUAUUUUUUCUUAAUAUAUUGAAAGAUUUAUUAUACUUUGACGAUACAAUGGAUGCAAAUUAUUUCAGUAUAAUAAACAGUAUUCUUCCCCAGCACAUUUGAUUAUUUCUGUUGUCGUUUUGUAAAGGAAAUAUGCAGCCACUGUUUAGGUGGAGAUGGGCCAGAAUGCAAAGUAAUAAACCUUUUAAUCUUUUGAGGAGCUAUGAACACUUCAGAUUCCUGCAGUAGUGCGUGUAUCAAAGCACCCUGUCCCCUGGUGAUUGUUGACUAAAAUGUUAUUCUGUUUGUUUGAUGCAGAUUCCCAACCUAUUUGCAUAUGUUUGAGUUAUGAAAACCACCGCAUGGGAGACUGUUUUACUCCAGGUUACGUUUUAAUGAGGGAAUAUGAAAGUAAACCCCUUCAUUAGAGCUGCGGUUGUGUUAUUUGUUGUCUUUAUCAGUGUUCAGAACUGACAGCUGAGUUAUUUUUCCCACUGCUUUAACUUCCAUAAACUCAAACAAGACAAUAACCUACUUUAUGCAGAAGAUACUCUAGAAAAGAAAAAGGUGAACUGAACUUUCUGUCGACAAAGCAGUUUAAUAAUACGGAGCAACAAGCAGUAGGACUACAAACCAAUGGGUCUUCUAACCUAGAUUUGAAGUCUUCUGUAUACAUCAGAGGGACACUGAUGAAAUAGAAUCAUUACUUUAUUUCUAUAAUACUGUUUGCUUGUUUUCACCAACAUCAUAAUGCCCUUGAAAAGUCUAAACCUGUGAUGCACUUGACACAGUCAGAAGUAGACCUGCAUUGGCUCCCCUCUUUAUUUUAUUACUGUUCCUCCAUUAAGGGUGUUUUCACCAAAGACAUUUUGAUGUUAGCUACUAGAAGAACAGGUGUACAUAAUUAAAUUAAUGAUGGCUGAAUUCCACUG